AUGGAGCAAUCCCCAAGUGUCGACGCAGGCGGGCAAAAACAACCCCCCAAAUCUACCCAACAAGAAUCUAUCCGGUUUGGAAUCGAUCAGAUUCUCGGCGCAUCUGAUCCAGAGAGCGGUCAGUUAAAGAGAAGUCGUAGCGUUUCAGAGAGUAGUAGUAUCGACAGCUACAGUCUGGGAAGCCCAGUGAGAACUACUGGGGGCCCUUACACCGCACUCUCGGUCUCUCUGACCAGUACAACGGGCCGGUUGGAGGAAUCCGGGAUAUAUGGGGUGAACAGAAGCCUGGUGCCGAGAGGCGUGAUCCGUGUGCCUGCACACAGACCACUGACAGCCGCGGUGCCACCGCCUGUGGUGAGUGCAGUGCCGGGGUUCGGGAGUCUGUGCUUCCCAUGGAUGGAGAGUAACCGCAGAUUGGCAAAAGACAGGCUACCAGCUCUCAUCCCUUUCACGGUGACCAGGCGCAUCGGACACCCGUAUCAGAACCGGACUCCGCCAAAAAGGAAAAAACCUCGGACCUCCUUCUCCCGUGUGCAGAUCUGUGAACUCGAGAAGCGUUUUCACAGGCAAAAAUAUCUAGCAAGCGCUGAACGAGCUGCUUUGGCCAAAACUCUCAAAAUGACUGAUGCACAAGUUAAGACCUGGUUUCAAAACCGCAGGACGAAGUGGCGGCGUCAGACAGCUGAGGAGAGAGAGGCAGAGAGACAGCAGGCCAACAGGAUGCUGCUGCAGCUGCAAGCGGACGCUCUCCAGAAGUCUCUGGGUGAAUCGGUGCCAUCAGACCCGCUUUGCGUUCAUAACUCAUCCUUGUUUGCUCUCCAGAACCUGCAGCCCUGGGCCCAGGAUGGACCUAACAAAGCUGGCGGCACUGCAAGUUCACUCACCUAG